UGGGACUGAAAGAGAAGGCUAACUUGACAGCAGUGCUUCUUUUCUUAGCUAGCCACACACAGCCCCUGCCCAAGAAUGUCUGUGUGCCUAUAGUCUGCACACAGAGGUGGUUCUCCCGGAGUCUCCCUGAGGGGCUGCUGGAGCUUCGGACAACUAGAAGGAACCGCCCCAGCCAUGAGCCCCUGCAGUAAUCUGCCAGGGGGCCAGUGGCCUGGAGUCCUCACUCUUCUCCUGCGGCUCCGGAGGGAGAGGUGAGCGCUGGGCUGCCCGCCCCCAACCAGAGGUGCUGCACCGGGCCUGUCAUGGUGGCCGCCUACUGCCGGCCUGAGGCACUCCCAGACGGGUUUGCAGCUGAGCCUGUUUAUCUGGUGUGGGAAGAAGAUGGGGAGUUACUUGUCCAUCCCGGCUUACUUCACCUCCAGAGACCCCUUUCGGUGUUCAGAAUGCCAGGAUUCCCUUACCAACUGGUACUAUGAGAAGGAUGGGAAGCUCUACUGCCACAAGGACUACUGGGGGAAAUUUGGAGAGUCCUGCCAUGGAUGCUCCCUGCUGAUGACAGGGCCUGUCAUGGUGGCUGGAGAAUUCAAGUACCACCCAGAGUGCUUUGCCUGUAUGAGCUGCAAGGUGAUCAUUGAGGAUGGGGAUGCAUAUGCCCUGGUGCAGCAUGCCACACUCUACUGUGGGAAGUGCCACAAUGAGGUGGUGCUGGCCCCCAUGUUUGAGAGGCUGUCCACGGAGUCUGUUCAAGAUCAGCUGCCUUACUCCGUCACACUCAUCUCCAUGCCGGCCACCACUGAGGGCAGACGGGGCUUCUCUGUGUCUGUGGAGAGUGCCUGCUCCAACUACGCCACCACUGUGCAAGUGAAAGAAGUCAACCGGAUGCACAUCAGUCCUAACAAUCGCAACGCCAUCCACCCUGGGGACCGCAUUCUGGAGAUCAAUGGGACCCCUGUCCGCACACUCCGAGUGGAGGAGGUAGAGGAUGCAAUUAACCAGACGAGCCAUACACUUCAGCUGUUGAUAGAACAUGACCCGGUCUCCCAGCACCUGGAUCAACUGCGGCUCGAUGCCCGGCUCUCUCCCCACAUACAGAAUACCAGACAUUCUCAUACCCUCAGCACCCUGGACGCCAAGGAAAAUCUGGAAGGGACUCUGAGGAGACGCUCCCUGAGGCGCAGUAACAGCAUCUCCAAGUCCCCUGGCCCCAGCUCGCCCAAGGAGCCCCUGCUGCUCAGCCGUGACAUCAGUCGCUCAGAGUCCCUCCGCUGUUCUAGCAGCUACUCACAGCAGAUCUUCCGGCCGUGUGACCUGAUCCAUGGGGAAGUCCUGGGGAAGGGCUUCUUUGGACAGGCCAUCAAGGUGAUACACAAAGCCACAGGCAAAGUGAUGGUCAUGAAGGAGUUAAUUCGAUGUGAUGAAGAGACACAGAAGACUUUUCUGACUGAGGUGAAAGUGAUGCGCAGCCUGGACCAUCCCAAUGUGCUCAAAUUCAUUGGUGUGCUAUACAAGGACAAGAAGCUAAACCUGCUGACAGAGUACAUUGAGGGGGGCACACUGAAGGAUUUUCUGCGCAGUGUGGACCCAUUCCCUUGGCAGCAGAAGGUCAGGUUUGCCAAAGGCAUCGCUUCUGGAAUGGCCUAUUUGCACUCCAUGUGCAUCAUCCACCGGGAUCUGAACUCACACAACUGCCUCAUCAAGUUGGACAAGACUGUGGUGGUGGCAGACUUUGGGUUAUCACGGCUCAUAGUGGAAGAGAGGAAAAGGCCCCCAGUGGAGAAGGCCACCACUAAGAAACGCACCUUGCGCAAGAGUGACCGCAAGAAGAGGUAUACGGUAGUGGGAAACCCUUACUGGAUGGCUCCUGAAAUGCUGAAUGGCAAGAGCUACGAUGAGACGGUGGAUGUCUUCUCUUUUGGGAUCGUCCUCUGUGAGAUCAUUGGACAAGUGUAUGCAGAUCCUGAUUGCCUGCCCCGCACACUGGAUUUUGGCCUCAACGUGAAGCUCUUCUGGGAGAAAUUUGUCCCCACAGACUGUCCCCCAGCCUUCUUUCCCCUCGCCGCUAUCUGCUGCAAACUGGAGCCUGAAAGCAGACCAACAUUCUCAAAACUGGAGGACUCCUUUGAGGCUCUCUCUCUGUACCUGGGAGAGCUAGGCAUCCCACUGCCUGCAGAGCUGGAGGAGCUGGACCACACUGUGAGCAUGCAGUAUGGCCUGAGCCGGGACUCACCCCCCUAACCCUGGCCUGGCCCCCUGCAGGGGGGCGUUCUACAGCCAGCAUUGCCCCCUCUGCGCCCCAUCCCAGGGCCAUCCAGGUUUCCUGUGGAUUGGUGGCUUGUUGAGAGGCAGAACAAGCCAUCUCUACUACCUCCUCAGGAGGCGAGCGGGCGCAGCACCAGGGAAACAUAUCUCCACAGGUUUUGGGGCCUGGUUGCUGUCUGCAAAUCCAACUCGCCUAAAAGCUGUGAAGAUUUAAAAAAAAAAAAAAAAAAGCCUGGACUCUGGGCUAGGAAGAAUCUGUUACUUGGGACCACUUGGAAACUCCUUGGUCAUGGAUCCUUGGAGACUGAUGCUUACACUAAUAUGACCAAGAUCUGCUGAGCAGCAUUCCAGGGUGUAGCUCCCUGUGGCCUCUGACGCCUCUGGUCCAGCUGUGUGCAAGAGGACUUCAAGUGGGAGUAUGAACAAGAAAAAGACUGGUGGCCAGGUGGCUCUUGAAAGGAUGCAAAAUGACAAUGACUUUUCCCCCUUCCACUCCAGUUCCUGCUCUCCCUGGAGCAAAGUGAGGAAGUCAGUUUGGAAGAGUCCUUUAGUCAGUGCAUGGUGGAACUGGCCAGGAGUCAGGGCAAGGGCUGGUUUCUGUUCACUUGCUAGGGGUGACUUAAGCCAGCCUAGGGACCACAUUAAUGUGAAGAGGAGCUUCCAUCUCGUGUUCUCAAACUAUACUACUGGAGACUGGCUGAGAACUUCUGAGUGACAUCUGUAUCUCCUACGCAGUCACAGCACAGUAAGAAGCUGAAAGCUGGGAAGAAAAGCUCUCCGCUACAGAAAGCCCAUAUCCUCUCGAUGCUGUCACUCACACCCUGAUGGUCUCCUCAGUCAGAAGCCCAAGACAUUUUGCCUAGAUGGGUUUUGGAGGACAGUGUGGCUUGUCACUGGCCCAGGGUCUGAAGAAGAGAGUUUCUGUAAUCCCUUGAUUUCAUCCUUAAGCAGCCACUGCUUAUCCUCAGGCUGCCUGGUCUGGACAGCAACUUAAGAUUGAAAAGAGAUGGUUCCAAGGUCCCAGAGCUGAAAUGCUGCGACACGCCUGAGCUGGGCCAUCAACUUCUACCCUCUACCUUCCCUUGCUGGCUGGCCCAGCUCACAUCUCCUGGCUACAACUUCCUGAGCCAUAUUCCAGGGCCAUGGGCAUGGACAGCCCAGGGGGCACACUCCACCUUGGCUUCCAGAUACCCAAGGACUCAGCAGCAUGAGAUUUGCCUCCUCCUACGUGUGAGCCUGAAACAUAUUUAACAAAUCAAAAAUGGGCUUGAGGUACAUAAUUGCAAUGUGUGGUAACUAUGGGGGGGGAUGAUCCAGGAGAAUGGGUGCUGUUAAUAUUAUCUUGUUGUGUCUGUUGGGUGAUAUGUGAACUAUUGUACAUAGACCAGAUGAGUUGGGGAUAGAAUGUCAUCUCUGGCCAGAAUUUGCUUGCUGUGUAGACUAUACUUAUGUGUGGAGUUGCAAGCUUGCUGUUGGGUUGAAUGGUGGACUCCCAGUAACAGCGUGGUGCAGCAUCAUGUGGCUGGUUAUGCUUCGGCUGUCCCCAGCAAGUGUGGGAACAGCGGCCCUGAGCUGGGCCACUGAGCAGACUAAAUAAAUUAAGCAGUUAACACAACUGACAAUACUGAGUGAAAAAGUGAUUUGGAGCCUGACUCGGGGAGAUAAAUGUCUGCUGGCUACCUUCGUGUCCAGGCCACAUGACUCCCAAGCAUGGCAUUCUCACAUAGCCAUCUAUGCCCGUCCUCAGUCUUCAGCCUCUUCAGAGGCAUCCCCCUGCCCACUGUCAGUCUUCCAGAGUACCCCUCACAUGCAAAAGCAAGAAACAGGCAUUGUCUUAAGCACUUCCUACACAUAGGGUGCGAUGACUUGCAUUCAUUUUUCACCCGUGAAGGUGACAUGCAGCUCUGUGAAGAAGACACCAGAAUACCCAGUCUGUAUGUAGUGUCUGUAUGUUCAAAGAUGGGAGUGGGAGUCUCCUGAGGAUUUGCCCGCAGGCAGAGGUCAGGCACAAUACCUUUAUGGAGCCUAGAUGAGGUCACAGGACUGGUCAACAGAAAGAAAGGAUUGCCUCCGUUUGGAUGUGCCUGCUCUCAACAGGCUCAAGACUGUAUAAGGACAGGGAGAAGGCCACAACUCACUGCACAGGUGUUGACAGAUAACCCAGAGCUUCCCAGGGUAUGGGGAAGUGUUCCUGGAAACCACAAAACUUGGUAACAUGGAGAUUUGUUUUUAUGUAAGUCAAAAAAAGCACAGCAGUUUCCCGUACUUUAUACACAGGUGUUCAAAUGAGGUAUAUAAAACAUGUAUACAGAGAAAUGUUUAUAGAAAAGUAGAAACCAAUGAUGUUCUUUUCUCCAGAGUCACACCAAGGGACCCUCAGGCCUAGUCCCCUCAGCAAAUGGCUUUAGGGAGCACCAUCCUGAACAGAAUGUGCUCCACUUAUCCCCCAUCCACACUGGGGAGAG